CUAAGGCUGUAUUCGAGGAGACGCUAUUUAGCGCUAUGAGUGUGUUCUGUCCUUGUUUAUUUCUAAAAGUUGAACAAGGACAGAGGAUGCUCGUAGCGCUAAAUAGCGUCUCCACGAACGCAGCCUAAGUGUGACAUCUAAGUGUGUAAUCUAGAGCCAUCUAUUGGGAGAGACAGAAAGAGAGAGAGAGAGAGUAGAUUAAAGUCAAGAUGUCUGCUGCAAUGUUGGCACGUCGCAUUUUCUGUCAACAAAUAUCCGAUUUAACAGCCUCAGUGUUGAAUCAAGUACCAAAGAGGUUUCGAUGUAAAUUCGUGAAAGUACCGAAACCGGGCAUAAAUGGUAAAAGUUAUCGAAGAAUCGUCCAUUUCAAAGAUGAAUACACGGUGGAGCCGUUGCAAGUGACGAAUUUAGGUGGUAGAGAUCCUGUUACAGGUAGAGUAGUGGCUAAUGGUAUCGGCGGUGGUAUAAAGCACAAGUACCAUUGGAUCAAAUGGGUCAGGGACGGGCCGAAAGACCUGAACGAGCCGCCCAAGGAGGAGAAAGUCUUAGAGAUCUUCAAAGAUGGUUGCAGAACUGCUUUCGUCGCGUUGGUCGCCACGGGCCGCGAGUUGAAGUACAUUUUGGCUACGCAGAACAUGAAACCGGGCGACAUACUGCGCACUCACCAGGGAAUACCGCGUAAUUUUAUACGACCAUCGGAGGGAGAUGCCUAUCCUCUCGGCGCUCUGCCGGUGGGGACCAUAGUGAGUUGCGUGGAGAUGUACCCAGGAUUGGGUGGCAGCCUGAUACACGCGGCUGGCACCUUUGGUACGGUGACGGAGCACAAUGAAGAUCGUGUGAUCGUCCAGAUGCCCAGCAAGAAGCACUUCAGCUUGCACCAGACGUGCAUGGCCACGGUCGGCCGACUAUCGAACGUCGAGCACGGCUCCACGCCGAUCGGCAGCGCGCAGAAAAAUCGUGAAUUGGGAAAUCGGCCGAGGAGCGGUCUCUGGCAUCGCAAAGAAGGCAGACAUGGCCGGAAGAUCAAACCACCUCCACCCGUGAAGAACAUCGAUCCAAAAGGCCCCCCGAAGGUCGAGACGUACGUCUUGAACAUAUGUGGUUACCGCUGAUAAGCUGCGCAGCGGACACGUAAUAAUCAUAGCGAUUAAGCAACAGGUAUACGUAAUAAAAACUCAUACAACACUGCUCGGAACAUA